AGCAGCGCAUACUUAGAAAGUCAGAAGCAGGAUGAACACUGGGGUUGACACUACUAAGCCAACAACGUUUAGUGCAGUUUUUAGGCAUAUUUCACCACCAACCGCUGUAGAUAAUUGCCUUUAUUGCCACCUGAUUCAUCCUAAACUGAAAAACCUUGUAAUUACUCGCGGUGGAUUCAUUGAAAUAUAUAAUGUUAAAUCUAGUGCUUCUGGAGAAACACGAUUAAAUUGGGUGUAUGGAACAUCUGUAUACGAAAAUAUCGCUGAUAUUGUUACUGUACGCUUCACAGGUGAUCUUUUAGAUUCACUUCUUCUGAGUUUUCCGGAAGCUAAGGUUGCUGUAAUGAAUUUCAAUCCUGUCACAUUUGAACUGAGGACCUUAUCUCUUCACAACUAUGAAUUUGAAAACCUUAAGGUUAGAUUGUUGUUAUUAGAUAUAAUUGCUAACGCGCAUUCUGUGUUUGUCUUUUGAAUAUUUUACAUUACUCUAAUGCUUCUUCGGCUGAUUUCGCAACCAGACUUUAAAAAUUAACCCAGCUGGGUACCCAGUAAAAGUCAACUCACUACCAAAUCAGCUGUAAAAAAAGUCUUUGAUUAAAUAAAUGUCGAUGCUUGUAACAGAGUAACGCCGAUAAAUUUGUUCCUUUCAUGAUACAUAUACUCAUGAUAAGACUACACAGUAUUUGUAGGUUUCCGACAUAGUUUGUUAUUAGAUAUCUUACUCUCAAGUUUGAUUUGAAAUAAAAUAGUUUGUCGUUGUUGUAAACCUACAUGGGCCAUCUCACCACACAGACUAAUGAGCGUUUACCCGUUAAGGAAAAUUAAGAGAAGUUUCUUUACACUAAUCAUGUGGCAUACAAUAUACUCUUACUCCUACAUGUAAUUUAGUUUGCUUUACUAUCACAUAUUUAACUAUCGAAUCGCCAUAUUUCCUUAUGCUGUGUAUUUUGCAUGUCUGUACUCGCACAGAGACCUCUGUGGCAGUUCUGUUUACAAAUACACACCAAACUGAACCUCACUACUUGUAUUAUAGUGAGUUUGCCCGGAACUAUGCUGAUUGAUGCAAGGCUAUGAAAUUGUCAGCACAUCAAAUCUAUUCAGUAGACUUAUUUUUAUUUAUGUGAACACAAGUAUUGGUACAAGGGGGCAACAAAUACAUAUGCGCUACACAAGUAACUUGAUUUGUGCCGCUCGGGCGCCCUAACCGAAGCAGAAGGUCUUCUUAGGGUCCACACCCGGAGCCUUCAACCUAAAGGUCUGAUCCACAAGGCAGUGGAGCAUCGUGAGGAGAUGCAGUCCCAUGGUAGCCAGUGACCAACGAUUGUUUCAUACGCCAUUUGUUUCUUCAGGAUCCUGGAGUCCAUAUGCACCAUUGGUUUUGAAUCAGGGUUUUCCGACUCCUCUAGGUGGAAUGCAGUGAGUAAGACUUCCCUGUCAGAGGCUGUAUACGCGUGGCCAUGUGAUAGCAUUUCUAGAGGGAGAGCUGACUCUUCACAUCCUCAGUCGUACGAGGGCAUUUGGGGGCGGAUUUAGUAUUGGCCUCAAGUCAAGCCUUCGUAUUUUAAUACUAAUAUCCCUGUGAUUUCUUUCGUCUCAAGUAUGUUAUCCAAACACAAAGCUUGUGCGGAUUUUAAUACUUACAAGAUUCCAGAUUGAGAAAAUAUUUGUAUGCCUGUAAAUUUUCAGCCAAAUAUUCACAAAUCUGUCUUAUCUUAUGCAUUUUGAAAGGGACGUUUUCUUCAUACCAUCCCGUCCAUGUGAGAGUAGUAAAUAUAUCUUAAUUCGAUCUAUCCUCAAAAACUAAUUAUCUUUUGACUAGAACCACUUUCCCUUGUCUGUAUUCUUUAUAAGUAGUGAGAUCCAAACUAGUAACUCAUUGUUUCAGUCCAACUUAACUCUUAAACAUUCUUUUGCUCUUUUUAAUUUUCGUGCUUUAUCAGUUUAUGUUUAUGUUCUUACGUAAUGUUGCUCACCCUUGCCUCGACUUUUCUGUCAACAAUAUUAUCCCGCUGUUUUUGGCUUUAGAUUUGCAAUACACACGGAUUCUGUUUAGUAAUUUAUUGUAUUUUCGUGGCAUUGUAAGUGCGUUUAUUUUUAUGGACAAUUCUUCUGGUCGUUUAUUUGACAAGACAAUAUCCCUUUAGUCGACUUCAGUUUUUCAUUGAAACUUCGCUUUCGUAUCUCCCACAUUCUCACCUUCAUACGACUUCCAUCGGUAUCUAGGUUUUGUUUAUAUGGUCCUAAAUUAGUCUUCAUUUUUUCUCACAGUCAGGUCGAAUGAACUUUACAAAGCUUCCUAUUCUAAGGCUGGAUCCCCAUCAACGUUGCGCCGUUAUGCUGGUAUACGACCGUCAUCUCGCUGUUUUACCUUUCCGACGUACAGAAGUUUUAGUUUCCGCAGAGACUGAUCCAAAACAUAUUAGUGUCAGAAACUCGCUUUUGUGGCAGCAAAGAGCGACAGCACCAUUAUUAGCCACGUUUACGACGUGUCUAAGCACGUCAACUGGAGAAAAGAUUAACAAUGUCCUUGACAUGCAAUUUCUUCACGGAUUUUAUGAACCAACAUUGUUGGUGCUGUAUGAACCCAUUGGUACAUGGGCAGGCUCGAAGAGACACAUGCUGCAUUGUGGCACUAUCUUUCAACCUUCAAAAGCGGACUAAUCCAGUCAUAUGGUUCCAAGAAUCUCUACCAUUUGACUGUCGUUCAGUCAUUUCUGUUCCUCAACCGAUAGGUGGGGUCGUGGUUAUGGCUGCAAAUUCCAUUCUGUAUUUGAAACAGACGCUCCCAUCAUGUGGUCUCCCACUAAAUUGCUAUGCACAAAUAUCGACCAAUUUUCCUAUGCGUCAAGACGUGCCAUCUUGUGGUCCGUUAAGCAUUGACGGUUGUCGUGUAGUUACUUUAAAUGAAACACAGUUUUUGAUCGGUACGCGAUCUGGGAAUCUCUAUUUGCUCUCACUCUGGCUUGAACAAGCCACUCAGACUGUGACCAGUUUGUUAUUUCAUAAAGUUGGUCACGCAGUACCUCCUCAUUGUAUGGUUCUACUAGAAUCGAAAUAUCUAUUCAUUGGUUCACGUUUUUGCGACUCUGUCUUAAUGGAAAUCGAUUAUUCUUUAUUGUGUGUUGAUGCAAAUGGAAAAGAAGUGGAUCACCAGCUGUUAAAUCAAUCCAGUGGUACUAAUAAUACGUUGAAGGAUUCAGAACUCGUAGAUGGAAAAAGUAUUGUUGAAGACGAUUCCGAUGAGAUUCCUAAUAAAUGUCCUCGUAUAGAAGAAGGGGAAAAUGACAAGACGAUAUCAAAGUCGCUAUCACAAAGUACAAAAAGGAAUACACUAGAUGAAAAUGAUAUCAUAUCAGAUAAUCAUUAUAAAUUUGAUGAAGUUGAUGUUGAACUCUAUGGUGAAAGUAUUCUUAGUCCACCUUCGAUUUAUCGAGAAAUUGUUAAUUAUAGUUUCAGAGUAGUAGACCGAUUGAUCAACUUGGGACCAAUGGGACAACUAACGUCUGGUGAAGUUCCAUGUUUAGCUCCUGGUAAUACUGAUCCUACAGAUGAGGCUCUUACUUAUGCACAAACUGAAAUGCACCAUGUUGAGUUAAUGGCAUGUAUACCACGUUCAUUUAAUGUACCAACUGAGAAGAAUCCGGUUUCUGGUGGAGGUGUAGCACUUCUGCAUACAAGUGUAAGACCAAGAGGUUUAACUGCUUUUGAAUUGCCUGAAUAUAUGAGUUUAUGGUCCCUUUAUGGUCCACCUAUAAUUACUCCUGUUCAAAGCAUUCCUUCCUCUCCUGUUAGUAAACCUUCGAUUGGAACAAACAGUAGUCCAACCACAGCUUCAAACGGAAAACUGAAAAUUCCGGAAAUUCAUUCAGAAGAAGAAAAGAUAGAUGAGAACUUAGUAGAAAAACCAACAGAACUCAACGAAGACACUGAGAAAACCAUAGGUGUCUCUGAAUCUAUUACAGAUAAUGAUGCUGACAAAGAAACUUCUAAGGAUAAUGAACCAGUUGUAAAUAUAUCUGAUGAAAAUGAAAAAGCAGUCGUAAAUGAAGACAACUUUGAUGCAGAAUCGGAAUUAUCUAGUGAUCUAACACAUAGUUAUCUUUUAUUGACCAGAGAAGAUUCUACAAUGAUUCUUGAAGUGAGUCAUGAAAUAGUGGAGCUUGAAGUAAGUGGAUUCAAUACUACAGAAAUGACUGUGGGUGCAUUCAAUUUGGGCUUUGAGUAUAUUCAACAAGUUAGACGGGAAACAAAUAAAAACAAUAAUAAUUCUGAUAAUAUACCAGAUCAAUUGACUACUAUUGCAACCACUAAAUUAACCAAACGAAAUGAAAUAAAAUCUCCUAAAGAAUAUGUUGUGGGAGUUGAUUAUCCCUACAUAUUACAGGUUUCACCUACAUCUUUGCGUUUACUUGAUGGCCCAAGACUUAUAGAGUAUGUUCAAGUGACAUUAGAAUGGCGUAUACAUUUAGCUAGUUGUGCUGAUCCUUAUAUUUUAUUAUGUACUGAAGAUGAUGAAUUAUUCUUAGUACGGUUAAAAAGUCAAGAUGACAUUAAUAUAUUUAGUCCAAUAAAAAAGUCAAAUAAUAAAAUUAUUACAUCUACAUUAAUCGAUGAAAAUGGUGAUCAACCUGCAAAAUCAAUAUCUACAACUCAUUUAGAAGUGAUCAGACCGAAAGUUAAACAGGUAUCUGCACCACUCUGUUUCAGUUUAUAUCAUGAUCAUGCUGGACGUUUAACUCGAUGGCUUUGGGCUUGUAAAGACUUACCAGCUGACAGUUCAUUUUUCAACCUACACACAACUGCUUCUCUGGAUCACUUAGUUUCUUGUUCAGGAACUACAUCUUGGCCGGAACCCGGAUCAACUACUCCAGCUGCGGAUACGAUAGCACCAUUUGCCUCACCAACGGAAAAAUCUGCAACGUUGAUCAGUGCAUCAGAAGAAGAAAGUAUUCUACUUUAUGGUGAACCAAUUGAAAUUUGUAAAAGAGAAGGUUCUGUAGCGCUUGGUAAUAGUACAUUAAAAUUACCUAAAUUUUCUCUGUCUACGACAUCUCAUUCAUCUUUAAACAAUAGUUUGACUGAAACUAAUCUUAUGGAUGAUUUAGCAGAAGAGAAACUAUCGAAGUAUUUCGCAUUUAUUGUAUUCACCAAUGGUGUUCUCGAAAUUUACAGUCUACCCGAUUUUACUUUACUCUAUGAAGUCCAUCAUUUUACAGAUCUUCCACAGAUGUUGAUAGACCAUCGAGGUGUAAGUAGUGAACAACUUCAUAAACAAUAUACAAACUCACAAAAUGUAUCAUAUACGGAAGACGAUAGUAUACCACCGCCGAUUUUGGAAAUUCUUGUCUAUCCUAUCGGAAUCGAUAAAGAUCGCCCAGUGUUAAUGGUUCGAACUAGUCAAGAAAUAGCAUUUUUUGAAGCAUUAUGCCCUUCACCGGAUGAAUCGUAUCCUCUUAUUUCUGGAACAUUUUAUGAAGGAAGAUUACGAUGGAGACGUUUACCUUUACCUUGUCCACUUGUUGCACCACGUCGUGUCCGAACUGAUCCGAAAAUUAUGGAUGUUCAGUCCACAUUAUUAACCAGAACACAUAUGCUGAGAAGUUUUGAGAAUAUUGGAGACCAUCGUGGUGUAUUUGUAUGCGGGGGAAAUCCUAUUUGGUUAUUUGCUACAGAUUCAGGACAACUUCGUGUAUUUCCACAUUCAAUCGAUGGAAUAAUGGGUAGUUUCGCACCAUUGAAUGCAAAAAUUUGUCAUUCAGGAUUUGUCUAUUUCACAUUCUCUAAUGAGAUGCGUCUAGCUACCUUACCUCCAGGUUAUUCAUUUAAUGAACAUUUAGGAAUAAAAUGGAUUACUCUUGAUCCAGUGCCUUACUAUGUACAAUACCAUGUAGAAAGUAAAACGUAUGCUGUUGUCGGUAUUCAUUCAGAACCGUGUAAAUCUGUAUUUCGAUUAAAUGCUGAAGGUAAUAAAGAAGAAGAUGUUUUAGUUCGUCCUAAAACAUGUGUUCUACCAACAUUAGACUAUUACUCUUUACAAAUGUAUGCACCAAAUUUAAACGCUAAUCAUCGUAAUAAGCAACCUCCAUGGCUAUUGAUUCCUAAUACACUCAUUGAAUUUGAACCGUGGGAAGUUGUCACAUGUUUGAUUACAGCACAAUUAGCAUCUGAAGAGACGUUUCAUGGUACAAAAGAUUAUUUGGCUUUAGGUGCAAAUUUAACAUAUGGUGAAGAAAUACCUGUCCGUGGUCGAAUUCUGAUUUUAGACGUGAUUGAUGUUGUACCAGAACCUGGUCAACCACUUACACGACAUAAAUUGAAAAUUAUACAUGAUGGUGAGCAAAAGGGUCCAGUGACAGCUUUAACUAGCUGUCAAGGUCAUUUAAUUAGUGCAAUUGGACAAAAGAUCUAUAUUUGGACAUUGAAAAAUACUGAUCUUGUGGGUGUAGCAUUUGUUGACUCCGAACUAUACAUCCAUAAUUUAUUAUGUGUAAAAAAUUUAGUUUUAGCAGCUGAUGUAUUAAAAUCUGUUCAGUUGUUAAGAUUUCAAUCAGAUCUACGUGUUCUUUCUGUUGUCAGUCGAGAUAAUAUCUCUAGAGAAGUGUAUACAUCCAACUUCUUCGUAGAUGGUCGACGUUUAGGAUUUAUGGUGUCUGAUGAAUUGGGCAAUGUUACCAUCUAUAGUUAUGAUCCAUUAGAUCCUUCAAGUCGUUCUGGAAGACGGCUUGUUCGUUGUGCAGAUAUGCGUUUACCAUCUCGUGCAACCUGUUCACUUCGUGUGGCCAAUCGACUUAGACAUGCUUUACUCUCAGUUAAACCUUCGUCAACAACUACAGCGUCAGCCAUGACAGCAGGAACUUCAGCGACUAUCCAGAAUUCUACUAAUACUGUUUUAGAUAAUUUAAGUCGUGUUGAUUCUGUUAAUCAAAUGAAUAACUUAAGACAAUCACAACAACAGUCUACGGCUGCACAACAAGGGACUACCAACCCUAACUCUGGUGUUGAUCCAGAGAAAUUUAGACAGUCUAUAUAUUUUGGCAGUCAGAAUGGUUCCAUUUACCGAAUCGGUCCUAUACGUGAUAAAAUGUAUAGCCGCCUACGUAUAACUGAGAAAAAUUUAAUUCAUCAUCUUGGACCUAUAUGUGGUAUGCCGCCUAAAUCAUGUUGGUCAUAUAAUCGUCCUCAACCAGAAUUAGCUAAUCCAUGCGGUAAAGUUGCAGAUGGUGAUUUAAUCUGGCGUUAUCUAACUUUACCACAUUGUCAACGUUUAGAGAUAGCUAAGAAAUCCGGUCAAAGUUUAGAAAGUAUUAUGGAUGAUAUUGCAGAAUUGAUUGCAACUACAUUGCAUUUCUAAUGUUCACCCACGUACUUCAUCUAAUCAACGGCCCGUUGUAUCAUCUCAAUUGUAUUUUACUAAUAUCUUCUGUUCCCCAUAUCUUUAUCCAUGUUUAUGGCUCAUAUCAUCAAACGAAAAGGAACAUUUUACUUAUCACAAGAUAUUUUUGAACUAAAUAAAAAAACUGAUCAAUAAAAGUAACUUUGUGUACAGUUUUUUUUAUAGGAUGUUGUUGAAAUAUAUAUAUAUAUAUAUAUAUAUAUAUAUACUUUUGUUGUGCCAAGCUUCCAAAUCUUUUAACUAAAAAAAAUUCUGAAUCUUCAUAACCUUCUGAAAGCGAACAUUGCGAAGUUACAAGAGUGUUUUCUGGAAACAUUCUGUCUACUCAGUUUGAUGUAAUUAUUAUCUUGGGAUUCUAUAGCAUAUUGUGAAUGCUUUUGAUAACUGACCGUAUUUUUCCUCAUGUUUUCUUUAUUUUUCAAAUACAAUUCGUUAG